GCCUGCUUAAUCUGCAAUAGUGCACUGUCGAGCUUCCCCGCUUACCCCAGGCACGCCUGAGAUCGCCCUUUGCUCUUGGCGCGUCAAACCCAACCCUUAUCCGGCAUAGACCCGUCCGACCAUUUCAUACCUGACACUUACGUCAACUCCUCUUACACGUGUGCUUCUCACAUUACCCGUCCCUCCGUUCGUUGCUGGUCACGGCCAGACUCCACGCGUUCUGCUCAGCCUCUCCUCCAUCCUUGAGCCUCCUUACGAUAUGCAUUCUUCAAGCAAAGCCAAUACUACACAUGUAACGUUUGUUGCACUUCUGCACGCACAUCUAGCAAUAUCCCUGUGAAACCCCAUAGCCCUGCUCUAAGCUUUUUUGACGAUCCGCUUCAAAGUAGACCUCAAUAGCACUUACGAACCUGAAGCGACGAUGGCCGAGCCGGUCUCAAGCAUAAUUACCAUCGCACUGCUCGGAGUUGCCGUCGUCAGAGGAUGCAAGACCUAUAUUGACGCUGUGCGGGAGGUAGACGAACUAGUCGACCGGCUUUCCCGCAAAGUAACGGAUCUGCAUAGAAUGGUCAGCUUCCUCAACUCAAAAUACCAGGAAGCCGAGCAUGACAGCGAUAGCGAGCAGUCGCUUAUUGUACGUGGAAAGAUCACGCAAUGUCGCAACAAAUUUCGAGAGAUCAAGCCCAGGAUACUAGAGUUGAAAGCUCGGAGUACGGAGAGCUUUGUCGACAAAGUCUACUUGGAACGCAAGAUGAAUACGGUGGCCAAAGAUAUCGAGGUUGCGGUCGAUGAGAUACGACAAUGCCUGAUGGACAUCGUUCUAGUCACUGGAGUCUGUUCGCAACUCGAGUUCACCUCCUAUAUGCGCCGCACUUCAGAAUCUACGGCAGCACCACCUAUUCCACGAGACAGGAUCCACGAUCAAACCGUUGAAGACGAUUCCACCGUGCUCGGCAGGUGGCUCUCGAACGCGGAAACCAUCUUAGAGCCAGUACAGAUCCGUAGAGACUCGACCACGACUUCUUCAUCGCGUCCCUCCGUCUCUUCCUUAUCUUCGAAAGAUAUUCUAGCUCAAUCGGACGCCGAUGAUGAAAGCAUACUCUCAGCACAAACACCCGUCACCUUAGACCCAAGCGAAGAUUGGAGAGAUUUCCACAAAACAGUAUUGCGAUGCGAGGAUGGUUCUGCUCUGAUUGAAGAGGUCAAUACAGUGCUGGAGAAGCAUCCACAGCCGAGUGCACUUGUCAACAUCCUGGGGGACCACCAACGCGCCCCCCUUCAUCUCGCAGCCAUGCGCGGCAAUGUCGAGCUUGCCCACAUUCUACUCGCCUUUGGUGGGGACAUCCACGCUAAAGAUACCGAACCCGCUUCUGUACUCGAUCACGCUCUCGCGAACAAACAAGUCGACUUCGUUACCCUUCUACUCGACAAAGGGGUGGAUGAGACGGCGAUACUAGAUCGAAACAUGGACCAGUUGAAGGAGAUAAAAGGUAUCAUUGCUUUCAGAAAGAUGCGGGAGCAAGACCCUCCACGGGAGAAGACAAGAAAAUCCAGUUGGGGCUUCGGAAGAAGGCGCUCGAAGUGAGGUCUGCUUGUUCUCCAAGAAUCACGAUCCAAAGCACAGCCGUGAAUCGAGGUCAGGACUACAUUGAUUCCGCGAUGUCUACACAAGAUCACAUCGUUCUCAAAA